AUGUCAUCAAGUGCAGAUGUUUUCCAAAUCGCCGCCCCGCUCUCUACAGGGGUGGGUUACGGCAUCGUUGUGGGUGUCGGUGCUCUUUUUGCUAUUGGCAUGUCCUUGAUCUCGUGGUUGCUUAGUACCUAUAUGAAUGAGGUACAAGAUUCCGAGAUGUUCAUGACCGCCAAACACUCGGUGAAAGCAGGUCUAACUGCCUCCGCUGUGGUCUCGUCCUGGACUAUCGCCACUACGCUUCUCACCAGUACCACUUACGGAUACAGCUAUGGUGUCUCUGGGCCCUUUUGCCCCAAAUGCACAGACUUUCUUACAGUCGGUGGCUCUGCAAUCUUUGCUGCUGUCACCGGCACAAACCGAGAUGCCAUUUGCUACCUCUUGCCUAUCGGAGUUGUUAUAUACACACUGAUGGGCGGUAUCAAGGCCACCUUCAUCACCGAUUGGAUACACACUGUCCUUAUUUACCUCAUCAUGCUCGUGUCGUUAUUUGUGUUCUACACCUCCUCUGAUAUCGCAGGAUCCCCAACCCGAGUUUGGGAACUUUUGAAAGAGGCCGCUACUCUUCACCCAGUAGCUGGAAAUGCAGACGGACAAUACCUCACCAUGAGAUCCGAAGAAGGCGGUUAUGUUGGCCUGGUAUUUAUCGGAGCAGGUUUCGCAGCAUGUGUUGACAGCCAACUCUUUCAGAAAGCCAUCGCAUCUGAUCCACGCACAACUUCAAUGGGCUAUAUCAUUGGCGGUCUCUCUUGGUUCACCAUUCCAUUUGUCUUAGCAAGUACAUAUGGUCUCGCUGCUGCAGCUUUAGAACAUCUCCCAAGUUGGCCUACAUACCCGAACAGGAUGAAUGCAUAUGAAGCCUCGUCGGGACUUGCAAUGCCCUACGCAGCCCUAGCACUCAUGGGCAACGGUGGUGCAGUAGCAAUUCUGCUCAUGAUGUUCAUGGCUGUUACCAGUGCAAUGUCGUCCGAAACCGUUGCGACUACUGCACUUGUGACUUAUAACGUUUAUCAAGCCUACAUCAAGCCGGAUGCAACGGGUCGGCAACUCCUCUACUUUUCGCACUUUAUUACCGUUGGAUUUGCCAUUUUCUGCUCUUCAAUCGCAGUCGCAUUUAACCAUGGAGGAUUCAGUGUGGGAUUUCUCAUCACUGCUAUCGGUAUCUUCGUCGAUAGUGCCAUUGUCCCUAUGGCUUGCACCAUCAUGUGGAGAAAGCAGUCUCGCGUCGCAGCCUUUACGGUACCUCUAAUAGGUUCUGUUGCCGGAAUAAUUGCAUGGUUUACCCUUACUUAUACUAUGUACGGGGAUAUUACCAUCGAUACGCUGAGUGGCAACCUCCCUCUGGUGGCCGGAAACAUAGUCGCCUUGGGUUCUCCUCUAGUUCUGACUCCGCUUAUCACAUAUAUAAGCCCAGAGAACUUCGACUGGAACAUCCUGAAGGAUGAACUCAAGCGCGGUUCGGACGAGCAUAUCACUGUAAGCGCAACAAGUCCAGAACACGCUGCAGCAUUGAUAGAAGAGGAGAGACGCGAGGAAGAGGAAAACGAAAAGUCUCUCAUCAAAGCCAGAAACCGCUCUCUCUUUCUCGGAUGGUUCCUCACUAUUUCGCUGGUCAUUUUGUGGCCGAUUCCUAUGUAUGCAUCCAGCUACGUUUUCAGUCAGAAGUUCUUUACCGGCUGGGKUGCUUUCUUGUUUAUCUGGGCAUUCCUUGCUGCAGGUAUCAUCAUCUUCCUGCCGAUUUGGGAGGGUUAUGGUGCUAUGAUGAUAGUUCUCAAGCAUAUGAUGGGUAAUGCCGAGAAGGUUCAGGGCCGAAGUGUAGUGACUAUUACUCGUGAAGGUCUUGAGGAAGCAGCCGAUGCUUCGACUGGAAGAAGCACGGCCAGGUUCUCGGAGAAAGGGAAGGAUUAUCUAUGA